GGAGUCGCGCGCGCCCCGUUUGGCGGGAAAGAGUCGCCUGAGGGAAGGCGGGCGUCGAAGCAGUAGCCGUCGUCGUCGUCGUCGCCCUUGGCGGCCCCACUCUUCCCAUUGCCUCAGCACUCGGCAGGGGACCCAGAACCCCCUUCCCUGUCUCCGGCCACCCGGGUGGUGGCACCGAGGAGAAAUCGCCGCCCGACCUGGCGCCCAGAGGAAGGGCCGGCACCAUGACUAGCAAGGACACCACCGGGAGAAAUAAAAAAGAAGGCGGAAAGGGAUCGAAGAAGACCUUCAGACCGCCAGGAAACCGACCCCCGGCCCCGGUCCGCCCCAGCCCGCCUCAAGAGGGGCCCCGUGGAGAUGCCUCUCCCGGGAAGGAUGCGGCCUCGGAUCGGGCCCGGGCCGGGCAGCCGGAGAAGAAGGAGAAGGGAAAAAUGGCUAAGGAGCAGGGCCCAGGUGGGGACUCGGCCCGGGGGAAGAAGGCCGGGAAAGAGCCAGAGAAGAAGCAAGCCGAGCCGGAGAAGAAGCGAGCCGAGCCGGAGAAGAAGCGAGCCGAGCCGGAGAAGAAGCGAGCCGAGCCGGAGAAGAAGCAAGUUGAGCCUGAGAAGAAGCGAGCCAAGCCGGGAAAGAAGCAAGCCGAGCCGGAGAAGAAGCAAGCUGAGCCGGAGAAGAAGCAAGCCGAGCCGGAGAAGAAGCGAGCCGAGCCAGAGAAGAAGCAAGUUGAGCCGGAGAAGAAGCAAGUUGAGCCGGAGAAGAAGCAAGUUGAGCCUGAGAAGAAACGAGCCAAGCCGGGGAAGAAGCAAGUUGAGUCGGAGAAGAAGCAAGUUGAGUCGGAGAAGAAGCAAGCCGAGCCGGAGAAGAAGCAAGCCGAGCCGGAGAAGAAGCAAGUCGAGCCGGAGAAGAAGCAAGCUGAACCGAAGGUGAAGGAGAGAAAGAGGCUGAGCGAUGCUGAGUUUGAGGAGAUCUUCCAGUGCGUCCUGCAGAAAUCCCUGCGGGAAUGUCUGGAGGCAUCCAAGAGGGACAUCGAGCUGGAGGGGGACCCCGAGAAGACCAAAGAGCCAAGGUCGGUGAUUGCCGCUUCUCCCGCCGAGGCUGCUGCUGCUUCCGGGGGUGAUGGCGAUGAUGACGAAAGGGAGAUGCCAAGGACGCCGUCUCCUCCGGAGACGUGCCUCCCCCAGGGAGCCGAAGACGCCAGCCGCGCGCGGUCCGUCGAGCCGGGGCCGCCGAACUCCGCAUCCGCGGCAGGAAAAUCCAAUCAAGCCUCCGCGGACAGGAAGAAGAAGGACACGAAAGACGGGAGCGCCGCGCCGGCCAAACCGGAGCGUAAACUCAGCCGGAGGGGUCGGCCGAAGAAGGUCGUGCAGGGCUACACCCAGGUCAGCGACCAGGAGGUGGCCUAUAUUGGACAGCGAAGGAGUUUCAGUCAUUCCGUGGCCUGGGUCCAGUGCUCCUUCCAGAACUGCGAGAAGUGGAGACGCCUCCUCGGGAAUAUCGACCCCUCGGGCCUGCCGGACAACUGGGAGUGCAGCCAGAAUUCUGACCUGAAGUACAAUCGCUGCGACAUCCCCGAGGAGAUGUGGACAGGAUCCGAGAGCGACGUGGUCUACGCCUCCUAUAUUCCGGGCUCCCUCGUCUGGGCCAAGCAGUAUGGCUACCCCUGGUGGCCUGGGAUGGUGGACCUGGAUCCCGACCUGGGAGAGUAUUUCGUGUUCCACUCGCCGCUGGACUCCCUGCCCUCCAAGUACCACGUGACAUUUCUCGGGGAGGUGGCCUCCCGCGCCUGGAUUUCUGUCCACAUGCUGAAGAACUUCCAGGAGCUCUCUCUGGACCAGAUUGACCUGCAAAAGACUCGGACCAAGACCUGCAGCCAGAUGCUGCUCGCGGCCCUGAAGAUGGCCCAGGAGGCUGAGCCGCUGGGCGUUCAGGAGCGAGUUAGCUUGUUUGGCUUCUCCAUCCGCUACAGCAAGACGGAGGACGUGUCUGGGGAUGCCCAGGAUCCCCAGGGGGAAGGAAAGCAAGAUGAGCACCCCAAAGCGAAGGAGGACGACGAACCUCACGUGAUGGAGGAGGAGGAGCCGGAGGAGAAGGAAGACAAAGAGGAAGAGAAGAGAGACCUGACCCAGCCCAAGCCGGCCAAGAUCCCCAAGAAGGAGCCAAGAAGCCAAGCUGAAGGGAAGAAAAAUUACAAGCGCCCCCUGAGAGCCGAAGCCGCGGCCACCCCCAAGGCUACAGCGGGCAAGAGAGGCCGAGCGAACCCGCAGAUCGACCUGUUCGGUGUCAGGAAGGCAUUCAGCAUUUCCGUCCCCCGCCUGCCCAGAGAGCGGAGAGGUGGGGUCUCCGGCGGCCGGGCCUCGGCCCUCAGCACCUCCGCCGGGGCCAGAAGAGAGAGGAGGGGCGAGGCCCCGAAGGAACCCAGGAGCCCCCUCCCCGGCGACGACGUGGAUCCGGAGCAGAUGAUGGAGGAAGUGGUCGACCCGGAGGGGGAGCUUCCGGAGGAGGAGGAAGACGAAGAAGAAGGGGAAGAGUUCUCCUUGGUUUUGCUCGAGGAGUAGGGGCUCCUCCCUCUCCCUGUCCCGAUGGCCUCUCCACCGUUCUCUCUUCGGACCCCUCGUCGGGGGCGGCGGUUGCGGCCGGGGGGGCACCUCAGAGCGAUUCAGACGCAUCGUGUGGCGGAGGAUUUUGGCCGUCGAGCCAAGUUGGGCCAAUAAAACGGGUUUCAGGUUUGA